AUGGCUAAGGUAAAAAAUAAGAGAAUUUCAUUGCAGUCUCUGCAACCAAGUGCCACUGUUGGGUCUAAUGAAUUAGUAGGGAAGACAAGUUUGAUUAACACUGUCAAGGGCUCAAAAAAAACUGGAAAAGCGCCCACUAAACAGCCAAAAAAUGGUUCCCAAAAGUCAAUAAACCACUUUUAUGAUAGUAAAUCUGACAAGACCCGAGCUUCAGACAAAAGCCUGCUAGACAAAGAAAAUAGGACACAAGACACAGAAAAAGAGGCUUAUGAACUCAUGUGCUCAGGGAAGGUUUCUGAAAAUUACUGGAAAGAAUUUGCUGAACAGCGAAGGGAAGCUCUAGUUGAAGUAAUGGAAGAGAACAAAAAGCUUCAUGAAGAAAACUUCCAACUAAAGAAAGAAAAAGAAAAGCUAUUAGCAGAAAAUGAGGAACUGAAAGAAGAAAAUGAAAGACUAACUCUCUAUGUAUCUAAAGCUGAUGAACUCACAAAAUUCCUUGAGAGCAUCACAGAAGAUUCCAGCUAA